GGCCGGCCGGAAGUGCGGGGCGGGGGGGGCGGGGACAGAGAGCGCCGUGUCCCCGGGCCGGGCCCGAGCUGAGCGCUGCUCGCUCGCGGGUGCGGCGCCAGGAUGACACGAUGGCCGCCGGCGGCCCCCUGCUCCCGGACAGCGUGCUCUUCGAGAUCUUCCUGUACCUGGACCACGCCGACGUGCUCGCGGUGGGUCUCGUGUGCCGGCAGUGGCGCGCCGUGGCCCGCGACGAGUUCCUAUGGAAGGAGCUCUUCUACCGCUACUACCGCGUCUCCCGGGACGUGCCCCGGCACCCAGCUGCUGUCUCCUGGUAUGACGAGUUCCAGAGGCUCUACGACACCAUCCCUUGCAUUGAAGUGCAGGCCCUGAAGGAGCACAAUGACCAGGUUUUGCACCUCAGCUUCUCUCACUCUGGCUGUUUGUUUGCAUCGUGCUCCAAAGACUGUACUGUUAAGAUCUGGAGCAAUGAGCUGGACAUCUCCCUGCAGCACAGCUCCAACAUGAGGCCGUACAACUGGAGCUACACACAGUUCUCCCAGUUCAACUCUGAUGACUCCCUCCUUCUGGUAUCAGGUGUCUUUGUGGGGCCUCACAACUCCUCAUCAGGAGAGAUUGCCGUAAUCAGCAUGGAGAACUUUACGCUGCUUUCCAGGGUGAGGAAUAAACCCUAUGAUGUGUUUGGCUGUUGGCUGAAUGAAACCAACUUGAUAUCUGGCAAUCUGCAUCGGAUUGGGCGUAUAACCUCCUGUUCUGUGCUGUGGCUGAACAAUGCUUUCCAGGGCAUAGAGUCCGAGAAUGUGAAUGUAGUGAAGAGACUGUUCAAAAUCCAGAAUCUGAAUGCCAGCACUAUCCGGACCGUGAUGGUGGCUGACUGCAGCCGGUACGAUUCCCCAGACCUGCUCCUGGACUAUGAGGAGCAGCUGGCUGCCUCUUCCAGCUCCGCCUGCCCGGUCUUUGAUCUCGGCAGUGACAGCGAAGAAGAUGAGUCCAAGCCCAAGCAGACUCCAGAGCCAGCAGUACAGGAAUUGCCGGAUGAUGGGGGUGUGCCAGCAGAGGAUGAGCUGCAGCAGUUCUUUGAUGAUAUCAUGGGGGGCUGCGUGCGGCCUGCCUUGACUGAGGCUGAGUUGGAGAACAAGGUGGCUGAGCUGUUCAUACGCAACAGAACUAAACCACCUGAGGUGAACCUGCUUUCCACAGAUGGCAACAGCAAGACAAAGUACUUAAUUUUCACCACAGGGUGCCUCACCUACUCUCCACACCAGAUAGGGAUUAAAAGGAUCCUGCCCCAUCAGAUGACUACUGCUGGGCCAGUGCUUGGGGAGGAGAGGCGCUCAGAUGAGUUCUUUGACUCGCUGGAUCACGUCAUUGACAUCCAUGGGCACAUCAUUGGCAUGGGUCUCUCCCCUGACCACCGAUACCUGUACGUGAACAGCCGUGCGUGGCCUCGGGACUGCGUCAUCUCCGACCCCAUGCAGCCACCCCCCAUUGCUGAGGAGAUCGAUCUGCACGUGUUUGACUUGAAGACAAUGAAGGAAGUGAAACGAGCCCUCCGUGCGCAUCGUGCCUACACACCCAACGAGGAGUGCUUCUUCAUCUUCCUGGAUGUCAGCAGGGACUUCGUGGCAAGUGGGGCAGAAGAUCGCCAUGGCUACAUCUGGGACCGGCACUAUAACAUCUGCCUGGCCAAGCUGCAGCACGACAACGUGGUCAACUCGGUGGCCUUCAGCCCGGUGGAGCAGGAGCUGCUCCUGACAGCCAGCGAUGACACAACCAUCAAGGUGUGGCGCUCCCCUCGUACCGUGCGAAUCCAGCAGGCCAGGAAGCCCAGGCCCAGGAAACUGCUCUUCUCCUGGCUCAUGAACCAGAAAAGCUGAACCCAGGUACACCUGCUCCUGCAGCUUCCUCACUGCAGCCACCUCUGGAGCUUGCAGAGCUUUGUGCCCUGCACAACAGAGACGAGCUCUGGGCACACCAAUCCCCUCAGCUGAGUUAGGAGGAACCCUGGCAGUAGGAACUGCUUCCUCCUUGGAGCAUCUGCUUCAAAGACAGAACGUAAGAGCUGAGGACCUGUUUCUGGGUCCAGUGGGCAGCAGCCCGAGCUGGUCACUGCAGGGUAGCCUCCCCACAGCUUAUCACAAACGCUGCUACUUGGUCACAGCUCUCUGGUUGAGCUUUGGUCUGAGAACGUCUCCACGAUUUGUACUGUGUGGGCCUGGGACGCGGCUGACUUCGCUGAGAGCUACAGGCUGCAGAGCACCUGCAAAAGCAGUGGUACAGUGCUGUGCUGCCUUACUGUGGGACUCUUUUAAUAUAGUAGUUUUAUUACUGUUUGUUUGUCCCAAACCUUCAUGGGCAACUUGUCUGGAUGCUGGGUGUGCCGAGUGCUGUCUCACACAGUGUUUGGGCCACAAAGGGAGGGGAGGAAGGAUGAGAGGGCUGAAAAGGUGGUGGGGGAGGCAAUGCGGGGACAGAGCUGGAGGGGCUGGGCUGCCCUGCCAUUGCCUUCUCUUACAUCUGAGUCCUGAUACCAUCAGUUUACAAAUCAGAGUGGGGAGAGCUGGUGGUAACACAAUUCUGGCUUUGCCCUGGUCUUCCUCUGUUCUGUAGCACCUAAAUAAGCUAUGGCAUCAGUAGCAUAUUUAUUCCAGGGGAUCUGCUGCCCCUUCCAAGGGGUAAGCUGUGAUGAUGGGUCUCAUGGUCACCUCCCUCCUAUGCUACUCAAGUUGUGGCACUUUAGGUUCUCUUGGUAUGUUCUCUGUGAGCAGGUAAACAGGUGGAGAUGCAGCCCUCCUGCCUGAAGCUAUGUGUGAAUAAGCCUCCUUCCACCUGGGCUGACUCACCUUGGGGUCAGCAAUCAGCUCCCUCUGAGUGCUCCUCUGAUGGGGGAAGCUGGCUCACUCUAUGAACCCAGUGUUGUUUACUUUGUGUUUGUCCCUGAAGCUUUUCUCUCUCCAGCCGUUAGCUAACUGUUUGUUAGAGUCUGAAAUUAAGCUCCCACUCUUCGCUUGGCCCAGACAGCAGGGGCUGAAGCUCCUGGGCAAGCAGUGACCCCAGGAGCUGCACCUGCUACUGGGGGCGGCCCCCUACCUCCCCCCCCCGUAUCAGGAGCACCAGGGCAGGUGUCUGUGCCACUCACAGCAUUAGGUUGCAGACAGUCUGCAUGGAGGCAGCGAUUGCUCUCUUACUAUGCACUGAUGGCUUUAACAGCUCCUGCAGCCCUCAGUGAGAGGGUUUCUCACCUUUCUUUUGCCCUGCCCCAGCAGGUGCCCACGGCUUUAUCCAAAACCUCUUUACUCAGGUUUUCUGUCAUCACAGGACUUCUAGAAACAAGGGCCUCCUUUGUGUGUCUGUAUGGGUGGACAUGCAAGAUCUAAACCCAGCUCUUGGUGCCAUUACACAUCAAAGGAACAGUUUCCACCUUCCCUCCUGCCCUCAGAUAGCGAAUCCUGUUUUCCUCCCUUGGCAUGGUGUAGUAGUGAGCAAGGCACUGAGGGUUUGUGUUUGUACCAAGUUUUGCUCUUCACCAUGGCAUUGAAUAAAUAGUCUGCUAAAGCA